UUGGCUGGAUCAAACCUGCGGGAUAAGUUAUCUGGGGGUCGGGAGCCUGUGUUCAAUUAUUACUAUGGACAACUAUAAAGCCAAAAGCAGAUUUCAAGCAGAGGAAUCCUCAGUUAUGGCAAAAAGGCAUUGGAUCACAUUUAUUUUAGAGUUGGUAAGGAAUAUAAGCUGUGUAUAAGCUAAUUGUUAUUCAAUGAGACUGAGCUGCUAUUUCCAAAAAUACCCCAGCUGAUUACAGUGGGCAGAGAAUGCCAAUAUCAAUAGCCAAUCCACAUAAGUUUCAAGCUGCCUAUGAGGCACUAUAUAUAACAAACUAAGCAGCACAGAGUUGUUCCUGAGGGAUUGGCUGCCCUCCCUGAUAUAGUCCCCAAGGCAAGUGGCGGCACUCAUCCCCAGCAAUGGAGCUCUACAGGUCUGCCAUGGUUCUGGGUGGUGUGGGCGAUGCACUGGGCUACAAGAACACCAGGUGGGAGAACUGUCCCUCAGGUGUGGUCAUUCUCUCAGAACUGAAAGCUCUCGGUGGAUUGGAAGGGAUUACAUUAUCGGUGGACGACUGGCCUGUCAGCGAUGACACAGUCAUGCACAUCGUGACAGCACAGGCACUCGUGUCAGACUUCUGGUCCCUGGAUGACCUCUACCGUGAGAUGGUGAAGGUUUAUGUUGAGAUUGUGGAGAAGAUCAACAAGCGGCAGACAGACCCAGCCACCAUCGAAGGCUGCACCCAACUCAAGCCGGACAACUACCUCCUGGGCUGGCACACGCCCUUCAACGAGAAAGGGUCAGGAUACGGGGCAGCCACGAAGGCCAUGUGUGUGGGCAUGAGGUACUGGCAGCCCGAGAAACUGGACAACCUUGUGCAAGUCAGCAUUGAAUGCGGCCGGAUGACUCACAACCACCCCACAGGCUUCCUGGGAUCACUGUGCACAGCGUUGUUUGCAUCCUACGCCAUCCAGCGCAAGCCGGUGGUGGAGUGGGGACGGGAGAUGCUGAAGGUUCUCAGUGAGGCUGAGAGCUACUGCAGGAAGACCAUCCGGCACAUGGCAGAGUACCAAGAAAAUUGGUUUUAUUUUGAAACUAAAUGGCAGUCGUAUUUGGAAGAGAGAGGAAUUGCCCAGGAGGGACAGAAUACACCGACAUUUCCCAAGAAUUACGAUGCAGAGAAAAGAGAUCAGGUCUACAAAGAAUGGAGCUCAGAAGGUGUGGGUGGGCGGCGAGGACAUGAUGCGCCUAUGAUAGCCUACGAUGCCCUCCUGUCUGCUGGCAACAACUGGACAAACCUGUGUAACCAUGCCAUGUUCCAUGGAGGACAGAGCGGGGCCACCGGCUCCAUCGCUGGCUGCCUCUACGGCCUACUCUUCGGAAUGACAAACAUUCCCAAAGGACUGUACCAGAAUCUGGAGUUCAGAGAGACACUGGAGGAGCUGGCAGCAAAGCUGCAUAAAGCAGCCAAUGCGAGUGAAGACCCCUGACUGGUGUCAUGGGAAUGGGAACAGCGGUUUGAACCCAGUCACUGGUCAUUUAAAACAUAUUCAGAUUUCCAGACCUUUUUCACUGACAAAUCUGUUUCACUAAUAUGUGUUACUGACAUUAAAAAUAGAAAAGUAACUAGCAAUGAGUGUGGCUCUGUGGCUUUAAAUGGGCGUGCUUUAAAAUACAAACAGUGCGACAAUUCACUGGGCUUCUCAAUGCCAGACCCUUGUCAGCAGCGAUGUGCGAAGUGGAACUUCUGUUGAAUGUUUAGUGAAAGGAAACACUGUGGAGAAAUGGAUUCAGAGUACAUACUGUAUAACAUGGCCUUCAUUAUGUACAUUUUACAGUGGCCAAUUAACCUAACAAAGCUUUCUAGGAUUUAUAAGGUACCUGUUUUCAGUGCAGUUUGAAGAAGGGCCCCAACCCAAAAUGUCACCAUUCCUUUUGCUCCAGAGAUGCUGCCUGAGUGGCUGAGUUACUCCAAUACUUUGUGUCUAUCUUCAGUACUUAGUAUGUAUUUCACAAUGUACAUUGUACAUACUUUACUAUAUUUGUAAUACCACCUCCUAUUGUAAAGUGUACCAUGCAUUUGCUUGGACCAAGCAACAAAUAUUAAUCUGGGAGUGAGACAGCUGUCAUCUCAUUACACCAACCCUUUCUCUCAUUGUAUGUACCAUGAUUAUCUCAUACACAGCCUUCUUCCCUCUACAACCAUCAACCCCAAUUAUCCUAUCUCAUCUAUCCUAUCUUAUCCCAUCUCCUCCAUCUGCCCAUCACCCACUGCAUACCCUCCCCCUGCACUGCUCAUCCCUCCCCUGCCUCUGUUGUUGCCACCACCCACCUUCAAUUCCACCCUUCACAUUUCUUUCCCACCAGAUUUAUUUUGUUUCCCGCUAAUCACCUCCCAGCCUCGGUCACUAUCUCUACCCUUCCUUCUCCACCUAACUCUAAUGUGCCAAUUAACUUUUCCUCCUGCAUCCACUUACUUCUAACUAACCACCUCUUUAUACUGACUCAUAAUAUUGUGUACCCAUUUCUCUCCACAGAUGCUGCCUGGCCAGCUUUCUUCCAGCUCCUCUUACUACAUAUUCCAGCAUCUGCAGCUUUGUGCUUCAGUCCUCUCACUUUUUACAUCCUUACAAACUGAGAGCAAAAUUGAUUUGACUUCACUUUAAAAAUAUUAAAUGUUUAUUGCACCAUAUUGUAUAAAGCUAGCUAGUCCCAUUGUGCACUGGAGAUUAAAGGGUAAUCUAACAGGGCGAUAGACUGGUUAUGUAGAGAUCCAAUCUGUUCUCUGCCAGAAGACGGGAAGCUGCAAAAUUCAGCUUCUACCGAAAGCGUUAGCAUUUCAAGUUGAUGACUGAUAGAAAUGUUUUAUCUUUCAGUUCUGAUGAAAUAUUAUCUGCCACGCUCUCUGCAAGUGUGCCUGACUUGCUAAAGCUUUAGCAUUUGCUUUUAUUUCUGAUUUUCAACACAGUCUUUUUAUCCACACAAAAAAACAUUGAAGCUACAGAGCUCGGGGCAGUGAGGAUGAGAGAGGCAAGGGUGGUAUGGCAGGGAACCCAAAAGCAUACAAGUCGGUGAGGUGUCCAUGGCUGUAAAGGCAGGGGAGCGUGGAGGAUGGGGUAGAUAGAACAAGGCAGGGGAGAUGGAUCAAUUCACAUUUCAAACCAGGGGUCCGUAAUCUUUGUCAGAGGAAGAUGUAGUAAUCUCUGCACCACCAAGGUUCCAAAUGAAUGAUGGACUAAGCAGAAAGGCCUUAGGAACAAGAGGGUAUUUGUAGGCCCACACUGCUCCAUCCUGCUGUUGCCGUACAACAAAGGUUGUUGCCUGGAUAUUUUAUUCUGCAGCCAAAACCAACGCUGGGGGAAGGUGGAGGUAGGGAGGUGGGGCAUGAGUGUGUGGAGCGGAGGAUCACAUAAAAUCUAUAUAAUGCAUCUUAGACUCCAUGUUUAGAUGGUAGAAAUAAAGAACAGCAUUUGCUGGUUUGCAGAAAAGGACAACAUCCUGGAAUAACUUAGCAGGUCACAAAUUCACAACUCUCUGGGUGAAAAAGUUUUUUCUCACCUCAGUCUUCAAUGGCUUCCCCUUUAUUCUAAGACUGUGGGCCCUGGUUCUGGACUCGCACAAACAUUGCAACCAUUUUUCCUGCAUCUAACUUGUCCAGUCCUUGUAUAAUUUGAUAUGUUUCUAUAAGAUCCCCCCCCCCAUCCUUCUAAACUCCAGUGAAUACAAGCCUAGUCUUUUCAAUAUUCAUUGAUGAUACAACUGCUGAUGGAAGUAGCAUCAUGAACUCUGAAGUGUAUAGAAACAUCUUAUCUGCUCAGGUUCAAACAAAUGCCUCAAAAAUCAUUGACAAGCGGUUCAUUCUACAGCAAGACAAUGAUCCCAAACAUACUGCUAAAGCUACAAAGGAGUUUCUCAAAGCUAAAAAAUGGUCAAUUCUUGAGUGGCCAAGUCAAUCACCCGAUCUGAACCCAAUUGACUAUGCCUUUUAUAUGCUGAAGAGAAAACUGAGGGGAACUAGCCCCCAAAACAAGCAUAAGCUUAAGAUGACUGUAAUACAGACCUGGCAGAGCAUCACCAGAGAAGACACCCAGCAACUGGUGAUGUCCAUGAAUCGUAGACUUCAAACAGUCAGUGCAUGCAAAGGAUAUGCAACAAAAUACUAAACAUGACCACUUACAUUUACAUGACAUUGCUGUGUCCUAAACAUUAUGAUGCCCUGAAAUGGGAAGACUAUGUAUAAACACUGCUGUAAUUUCUACAUGGUGAAAUCAAAAUGUAUAAAAAUGGCCUUUAUUAAAGUCUGACACUGUGCACUUUAACGUAU